CUUUGGUUUUGUAUCGAUUACUAAUGUUCUAUGGUGUGUAGGUUCGUAUUUAGGUGAUUCAAGAGAGAUGGCGAAGGAAGAGGUGAACUGCUUGCCGCCGGUAGCACCUAUAACGGACACUUACGAGACUAAUGCAUCUUGCCGUAGAGACAAUGAAUGCAUUAAGUACUGUCCUAAAGGCUGCAAGAUUGUUAACUGUAAUUUUGGAACCUGUUUCUGUGAAUGCUAAGAGAUUGGAAACCACAAUAAUUUCUACUUUAAAGACAGAGAGGAACAAUAGAUAAAAAAAAAAGUAUAGAUAAAACAAUUUUGCCGUCAAUUUAUUGUUCUUCUUGAAACCAUAUCUCUGCAAAUAGUAUUCAUUACAACUGGAAUUUGAAAUAAUUGAGUACUAAAGGCCAACAAGUUCUCAUGUUCUAAAUAUUGUUUUAAGUUCUAACAAGAGCUUCUGAGAAAGCUCUGCCUCUGCAUAAACUUUGCGCACUCUUAUUAAGUAUCUUAUAAGAGCAAAAAUCUUAUGAUGUGUACUAGUGUGCCUCAUAGUCAAAGUGAUUGGUUUGUAACCACAUUGUGUAUUGAAUACUCAUUGUCUCUUGUAUUUACUUCAUGCAAUGAAUCUCAAGAUUCUCGACUGUAGCCUUAUUUCCCUCUACAAAAAUAAAAUCAACAUUUAUAAAGUGAUUUCCUAAAAUGAUCAAAUCUCAAGUAGGAACAAAACAAUGUGUAGCCAAAUAGUAUCUGACUGAACUUGGUAUGACUUUCAUCAGACAAAAGAUUUGAUCCCUUUUUUAUCUUCCUUCUACUAAAGAAGGCAACCAGAUUUUUCUCUUCAUCACCACUUGUAAAAUAAAAAUAAACAAGAAAAAGAUUCUGAGAUUACAAUUAGUAAUGGAGAAAACGUCUCUCAAGCUUGUCUUCUUGUUCUCCCCCAGAUAGCACUUUUUGUAUGCUUCUUUUUUGGCUUAUAUAUAUUUUGGGUUUAGCUUUGUCUUUGUCUUAAAACUUCCAGAUAAAAUAUUUAUUUCCUUUUAAUGUUUUUCUAUAAAAGAAGACAACCCAAUUUAACACUUACACAAUCAAAAGAAACAAACAAACAAAAAAGUUUUGAGGUUAUACAAUUAGCAAUGGAGAAAACGUCUCUCAAGUUUGUCUUCCUCUUCACCAUCUCAGUCAUAGCAUUUUGUUCUUCUUUGGUUGAUGCGAGAGAGAUGGCCAAGGAAGAAGUGAAUUGCCUCUGUGGAAAAUGUCCUGAUGGAAAGGAGAACUGUGAAGCACCUAUAAUGGACAGUUACGAGACUGAUGUGUCUUGCCGUAGAGACAAUGAAUGCAUCAAGUACUGUCCUAAAGGCUUCAAGAUUGUAAACUGCAGCUUUGGAACCUGUUUCUGUGAGCGUUAAGAGACUGGAAACCACCAUAAUAUAUUAUCUAAUUUUAAGACAGCUAAGAAGAAGAGAUUGAUGUUUAUUGGUGUAAAAGUGAUUUAGUGUUCUUCAAAUACUGUUUUGAGGCCUCCUUUGGGGAGGUAAACUA